UCUGCCUGACCUGCUCGGUGAAUCGGUGGGAGACUCGUCUGGACUUUUCUCCGGUUUGUUGCCGUUACCUCCCGUUGCUGCUUUUGAACGUGGAUAAUUAAAGAAAACGGGAAGAAAUUUCUUUCUACUAAUUUAUCUGCUGGAGAAAUAAACGCCGAGCUCCGGACUAAGGAUGUCCACCGCCUUGGAGAGUUACAUCAACCGCACCGUGGCCAUUGUCACAUCAGAUGGCAGGAUGAUUGUGGGAACUCUGAAGGGCUUCGAUCAGACCAUCAAUCUGAUCCUGGACGAGAGUCAUGAGCGAGUUUUCAGCUCCACUCAGGGGGUGGAGCAGGUGGUGCUGGGACUCUAUAUCGUCAGAGGAGACAAUGUAGCCGUCAUCGGAGAGAUCGACGAGGAGACGGACUCCACCCUGGAUCUGGGAAACAUCAGAGCCGAGCCGCUCAACUCCGUUGUCCACUGACCUUUAAGCUCCUCCGUACCUUACUCUGCUGUGAUCACUGUUGUCACGGCAACCAAGCACAGCAGGACUGGGUUGUGUUCGUUUGCUAACUGAAUAAUGACUUUAUCCUCUUAUGUACCUCUGUUUGUUUGUGGGAUUUUAUAAAUAAAGAUAAUUGAAUUGUUUGAUAUUGAAAGUUGCUUUUCUGUGCUUCAAUAGGAGACAUUUUUAAUAAACUUACAUUUCUUGUCUUUGUAA